UUAUUUGCAAGUGUCCAGCUUGUGCAAUACCAACCAAUAUUUUACUUGAAUAGAAACUAAUGCUGAAGGGAGAAGUGCAGAUUGGAAUCAGUGGGCCAGAGGUGUGUGGUUUUGUGGUUUGAAGGGGUGGUACAAGGUGAUUAUUGUAUUCAGACUUCACCCUGUGAGUGCCUGGAGGAAUUUCGUCAGCUCCACGAGUACUUUACGCGGUGACUCCCGGGAGGCAAACGUCUGCUUAGCUCUACAUUGCUGCACCUGACCAGGGCGGGGGGCGGGGGCGCAGGGCUAGCUGAGGGAACACUAAGGAGGGGUCGGGGAGGAGCAGUAAGCAGCAGAACUAGCCCACUCCAAGUAGCCGGACUUCCGCGAAGUGCUGCCUAUAGUGCCCGGAAGGAAGAAGCUUUUCAGCUGCUGUCAGAGGCUGAAGAGAGAAGAAAGCAGGAGCAAUGGCCGCGGAAGGUCCGGGCACGCGUCUGAUCCAGGUGGCAGAGCAUCCCAGACUGCUAAAGCUGAAGGAGAUGUUCAUUUCCAAGUUUGGAUCCAUACCUGAGUUUUAUGUUCGGGCACCAGGACGAGUCAAUUUAAUAGGAGAGCACAUAGAUUAUUGUGGCUAUGCUGUGCUUCCUAUGGCUGUAGAACAGGAUAUCCUAAUAGCUGUUGAACCUGUGAAAAGUCAAAUGCUUCACUUGACCAAUACAAAUCCCUUGUACUCGGAUUUCAGUACCAGUGUUGAUAACAUUCACAUUGAUAAGACCCAGCCUCGGUGGCACAACUAUUUCCUAUGUGGAUUUAAAGGAAUCCAGGAACAUUUCAACCUCAUGAACCCGACUGGAAUGAAUUGCCUGUUGGAUGGAAUCAUCCCCCCAAGUUCUGGCCUCUCCAGUUCCAGUGCCCUGGUGUGUUGUGCUGGGCUUGUGACACUGAAAGCUAACAGGCUAAGCCUCUCCAAGAUAGAAUUGGCAGAAAUCUGUACCAAGAGUGAGCGUUAUAUUGGCACUGAAGGAGGAGGUAUGGAUCAGUCCAUAUCAUUUCUUGGAGAGGAAGGAAAGGCCAAGUUAAUAGAGUUCAAUCCUCUGAGGGCAACUGAUGUCCAACUUCCAAGUGAAGCAAGUUUUGUGAUUGCUAACAGUUGUGUUGCAAUGAAUAAGGCAGCGACUUCUAAUUUCAAUACUCGGGUGAUGGAGUGUCGACUAGCUGCAAAGUUCCUGGCUAAGUACAAAGGCCUGGAAUGGAACAAAGCUCUGUGCUUGGAGGAGGUGCAGGUCAAACUAGGAGUAAGCCUGGAGGAAAUGCUGCUGCUAGUGGAAGAAGUCUUCCAUUCAGAACCAUACAGCCAAGAGGAAGUCUGCAAUUACCUAGAAAUUAGCCUGGAGGAGCUCAAGACCCAAAUCCUUUGUAAGAACACUCAAGAUGUACUCCUCUUCAAGUUGUACCAGCGUGCAAAGCAUGUGUUCAGCGAGGCAGCCAGAGUGUUGCAGUUUAAGAAGAUAUGUGAGGAUGCACCUGCCAAUGCUGUCCAGCUGCUGGGAGACCUAAUGAACCAGAGUCAUGUGAGCUGUAGGAACUUGUACGAGUGCAGCUGUCCUGAACUGGAUCAGCUGGUGGAUGUCUGUCGGCAGUUUGGGGCUCAAGGGUCACGACUGACUGGAGCAGGAUGGGGAGGCUGCGCUGUAUCAUUGGUACCUACUGACAAGCUGCCUGACCUUCUAGCAAAUGUGCAAGAAACUUAUUACCAAAGCAAGAAGGAAAGGUUAACUGUGGAGAAGCGGUGUCUAUUUGCCACCAAACCUGGAGGUGGGGCUUUGGUUUUCCUUGAGGCCUAAACAGUGUAAGAAUCGCAGAGAAACCAUUUAGGGCAUUUAGGAACUGGCAGGAUUUCCUAUGCCACGGUAAAUUAAUCCCCUCUCUGUUUUCUAUUAUGGUGAAUGUUUGCUAUUAUCAAGAUAUAUUUCCAAAGAAAUUGUUGAAAGCUUUCUGCACUUUAUAAUAAACACUUUUUACUUCUCUUAAAAUUGUUUGUUACAAAUAAUGGCCAAGAUAUUGUUGGGAUAGACCUUUUAAUGACUGAUGAUUAAGUGAACCUUACCAAUGUGAAAAUGUCAAAGAUUUAAAAGAUCAGUGGUGCAAAUAAAAACAUGCCUAUCUCAUA